CCUGCAUCCACUGCCAGUGCAGUAGCAGGAAAGGAAAUGAACAUGCUUCAGCAGACAUCAAUGUAAACUACUACUGGCAUUGUAUAUACUGUACAAUAGGGGUGGUCCAUGCCCUGGCUUCUUUGCACUGACACUUGACAGGUGCGAAUAGGGGCUUUUUCGCAACCGUUCAACUGACAACUGUUCACUGACGUUAAGUGGCACUCUGCAGUCUGGCGUGUACUGGCAGUAGACACUGGCAGUUCGGGUAUCUCUUUUGCGGUUCAGGGCCAACGUGGUACAAGGCCGGUGCCCCUGCAAGCAACACAAUUGCCUCUUCGGCGGUCCCCUGCAGGACCACAUCCAGUUCUGGCAGUGGCAGAUUGUAGAGAUACUGGAUACCUACUAUGUACUGUAAUCAAAAGUAUCCUCCCGGUGUAGUGGCGCGUUAGACACGAGAUGUCCACCAGUUCCCUGUUCCUGCGGCUGAAUCUCCCCUGCGCGAUGCGUGGCCGAACUUGAACGACACCAAAACCCCAAACUUGAAUCCAUUGAAACUCAACAACUGCGACUAUCAACAAUUCCCUAACAACAACAAUCAGUAAAACACAAUAACCUAUUUCGAUUCCGCACCACCACUGCAUUCAACAAGCCUUUGCGACGUCGUAUUGAAGGCCGCUCUCGGUGCACACGACUCACAACACGUCCUGGUGACUGGUAGUGACCACCCCCGUUCGUUUGAUUCUUCCCGUUCCCGAGUCUGUACCUUGCUGCUUCCAUAGUCCGGGACCGCGUCUCGACCGAUACAUUUUACAUCUACAUCACACAUUUGCGUCGGGCCUUCCUUCCGACAAUUGUCCGGCACUCUUCUUUCCUCGUACCGACCCUGGUGGUGGUUGAUGAUGGUCUGAAGAUUGGCAACACAUUUGAAAACUCAAGAUGGAGACAGUGCAAUCCAGUGCAGACAACACCGACAUGGAAGAGAGAUUCGAAGACGCCAACGAUGUCAAGGACGAUCCAAAGCCGGAAGCGACCCAGCAGACUGAGCCUACAGAACCCGAGAAGCCUGCAGAUCACGACCCUACCACGUCUCAGGAUGACGAACACGCGCAUCAGGAAGAAAAGGAUGGUCCGGUGGACUCCGAACAAAAGGGGCCUGAGGUCAAUGUCGACACUGCUGCGGUAGACGAGACAUCGUCGGACCAUUCGCACGGCGACCAGUCAACGCCGACGAUAAAGCAUCCCGAAGAUGCGGCCGACAACGCCGGAACUGCUGAAAAGACCGCACCUAAACCUCCUCCGCGUCCCUCGAGAUUCCAGGGCUUCUCAGCUUCUCUGCCUUCAGUCCCCUGGGGACCGCCACCACCGAGAAAAGCCUCAGAUGCCCGUGCUCCCUCUCCGCAGCCGCCCCACGCAUCGACAUCGUCCUUCGGGCGCAAAGUAACCACUCCCUUUGGAUGGUUGAGCAGAGCCACUUCGGCACCAAAAGAGAAUCGCUCUCCACCGUUGUCGUCAAGGCCGCCGGCUGAUGCUCGUCGCAAUACUGCCUCUACUAUUGGGAGCAACCCGGAUCUGAUGUUGAAAACGCUGGAAGAGUCGCAAGAUGGAUCCAAUGGCCAGAGACAACCGUCCAGGGCUUCCCUCCGCGAACAGUUCAAGAUGUUGCGGUUGCGGGAGGAAGCAGGCAUAACGAGUCUGGAAGGUACCGACAAUCCGGAGGGUGGAGCAAUCGCAGGGCUUGUCGGCCGGUCAGCAAGCGUUGGGGUAGGGAUUGCUACACCUGGGAGUGUUGGUCACGAUGAACACGUCCUUGCUAGCCCUGUCACGUCCCCGACAACCGACAGCGUCCCUACAAAUCCCAAUCUUCCACCUGGAACCGUGUCCGGCGUCGCAGCCUCGUCCGCAGAUACAGCCACACCGAUAGAUUGGGAUUUCUGGCAGAAUGUGGUCAACGAAGGCCCACAGGCCGUUGCACGUACGAGUCCGGAUGAGUUUACACUAGCUAUCAGUGGAGGAAUUCCCCAGACAAUUCGGCCGGUGAUUUGGCAGGUGCUCGCAGGCAGCAAGAAUGAAGAGCUGGAAGCGAUCUAUUGGGAUCUCCGCUCUCGAGGCCCGAAUGCGGAGGUCAAGGAGGGCAUGCCGAAAUCUCCAAUGCUCAACGGACAUGCCAAUGGUGGUGUCAAGGAGAAGGAAUCGGAAAGCUCGUCAAGGUCAUCUGUUCGAUCUGACCAUUCCACACCUGCCACCAGCGCCCACGUUGGAGUUAUGUCGCCUUCUCCAUCGCAUGAGCCAUCAGAUCCGAUAGCCAGCAGCCGUCUUCAGACACAGUUGGCUGCAGAGCGUGCAAAGAAGGCGAAAGAGGAUUCUGCCGCACUGGCCAAACUGGAGAAAAUGAUCAAGCGUGAUAUGGGCUCGAGGACAAGCUAUUCAAAAUACGCAGCGGCGGCAGGUUUGCAAGACGGCCUGUUCCACGUCUGUCGAGCUUACGCGCUUUUUGACGACGCGGUUGGAUAUCCGCAAGGCCUGAACUUUAUUGUCAUGCCGUUACUCUUUACGAUGCCGGAAGAAGAAGCUUUUUGUCUGCUGGUCCGCUUGAUGAAUAAGUAUCAGCUGCGAGAUCUAUUCGUUCAGGACAUGCCCGGCUUGCAUCUGCAUUUAUACCAGUUCGAGAGGCUGUUGGAAGACCUUGAACCGGCAUUAUAUUGCCAUCUCAACCGCCGAGGUGUCACUCCCAAACUCUAUGCAACUCAGUGGUUUUUGACAUUGUUUGCAUAUCGGUUCCCGCUUCAACUAGUCAUGAGGGUGUUUGACCUAAUCUUAUGCGAAGGGCUCGAAGGGGCUAUUUUGAAAUUUGGCAUGGCGUUGGUCCAACGGAAUGUCUCGACGCUGCUGGCGAUGCAAGACAUGCAAGCCCUCACGAAUUUCCUGAAGGAGAAGCUCUUCGAUGUCUACAUCGACGCAACUCCGUCGUCAAAAUCGAUCUUGGAAUCCGGCUUUUUUGGAAGUUCGGGCGGCACGGACAACGAAGUGUAUCGAGCUGAUCUUUUGGUCCAGGAUGCGUGUGCGGUCAAGCUCACUCCGGAAAUGCUCAACCGCUACCGCGAAGAAUGGGAGACGACGACAAAGGCCGAGAAAGCUCGAGAGACCGAGCUGGAGAACCUCAAGACGGAUUGCGCCACCAAAGCCGCGCAGAUCCGGUCGCUGGAAAAGAGGGUGGAAAAGUCGGAUGCCGAGCACAUCGAAUUAGCCAAUGAAUUGGUGCGACUGAAGGUCGAGAACACCGAACUGCAAGAUCGGAACGAGAGUCUGGCUGGCCAGGUUGAGGAGCUGCGCAAAGUCGCCGAAAGCGAGGCCGCAAAUGUCGAAGCCAGAAUGAGGGCCGGCACGGAACAAGUCAUGCAGAGAAACAUUGAGGUUCAAAACGAGAAUCGUCACAUGGAAGAGCAGAUGGCUGAGAUGGAGAGAGAACUGGUGGAGAUGAAGAUGAAGUAUGCUGAGCUCAAUGCCGAACAUGAGACGCUCAAGCAGAAAUGGAACGACUUGAAACGAGCACUCGAAUAAAAAUCACAAUUAGAACCGCCUGUUGGACCCUACCUCCCUGCCAAUUGGCUUCCCGGCUUUGACGGCCAGCAGCCGCCAUCGAACCGCAUCCUCUUUGACGAAAUGACAUGCUCUCUUCUGUUAGGUGUUGCCCGGUCAUACAUAUGAACCACGACUCUCCGGGCGCUUCGGUCGGGGUCAACAGGGUCUCGUGGGAAUGCACAAAACGAAACGUUCGUUCAUGUCCAUACUGAUAUGAUGUUGGUUACAUUGCAUGACUGUAUUACAAUCGACCAUGACCAUCGAUAUUGGAGAGACGAAUAUCGAGAGUGGACAUCGUUUCAACGUCUGGAGAAGCAAAGUACAAGCUGGGACGUCUACUAAGAUAGACAGAAGAGGACAUCCGUACGUAUGCUCAGAGACGAUCUCACAUCUGUUCCGGCGACUUGAUGUCACGGAUGCGGGCGGCGAUGGGAGAAUGACUCUCGUCCACUUUACUUUUUGGAAUUGGCCUUCGUUCUGAUUCUGGUUCUGGUUCCCGUACCGCGAUCCCCGUGAUGUCUAGCCAGUGUGGCACUCAUAAGUACUGGUCACUGGUAUCUAGGGGACUGAGGCCCCGACAAAUUUCAUCUGGGUACAUCGUGUUUGGGUUCAGGCCCUACGAUAAACACAUAUGCUGGAAUGUUUGGCCCGCACAAGAUCUGCAGACUCUGCCUAGAUAGAUAUCCUUCGCGGUUGCUACAGCAGGUGUCGACCAGUACAUCUUUCCAAGAAUGAAGCAGAAAGAUCAUGUCAGAUCCAGUACUGGACCGUUCGUCCACUUGCUGUAGACCAACUUGGAAAAUCAUCCCAAACAUCGUUGCCGA